AUGAAGAAGAUAUUAGUGGCAAACGGAGUAUGGGAUUUGUUAGAAGAAGCGAGUACAUCAAAGGAGUUUGAUGUCAAGAAAGAUAUUUCUGCAUCCGCGUAUUUAUUUCAAGGAUUGCCCAAAGAUUUGCAAAUGCAAGUUGCGGGAUGUGAAACGGCAAAGGAAAUUUGGGACUCAUUAAAGGCCAAAUUUGUUGGGACAGAAGAUGUUCAACAAGCGCACUCGCAACAAUUGAAGUCAAAAUUUGAGAGACUCAUUAUGAAAGAAGAUGAAUCAAUAGAUUCAUUUGCCGGAAAGAUGAUGAGUAUUAUUACAAAGGCUGCUACAUGUGGACUGACAUUUGAUGAACAAACAAAAGUGCGGAAAUUACUCAACGUAGUACCAGAUAAGUUUAUACCAAUAGUAGCAACCAUUGAAAUGGUUGUUGAUUUUAAGGAAGCGAAAUUGGAGGAGGUUAUUGGGAAACUUAAGACUUACGAAGAAAGGCUUAAGUUUAGAAAAGAAAGUGGAGAAGAUAAUAGUGAAAAGUUGUUCACACGUCAAGGGAAUGGCAGAAAUUAUGAACACAACUAUGGAAACAAUAGACGAGGAUGUGAUUGUCCAAAACCAAACCGUAGAGAAGAAAAAGUAAACCUUGUGUUCGAAGAUGACGAACCAACGCUAUUGAUGGUUACUACUAAGGAUGAAAAAGAGACAACAUCUUUAAAAGAAGAGAAGAAAAGGAAUGGAAUUGUCAUUGAGAAGAAUGAAACUCCAAAAGAAAAGUUAGAUCACAUGAGGUCAGAGAUAGAAAGUGAUUUAAGAAUUAAACUAGAGUUUUGGAAGUUUGAAUUACUCCAAGACUUUGAGAUGGAGAAACAAGAGUUUGAGAAGAAAAUGAAAGAUAAAGAGAUAGCAUUUGAGAAACAAAUGCAAAAGGAGUUAGAGAACCUGAAGAAGAUAAGAGAUUGCACAAGCAAAGAGAUAAAAGAGUUGAUGACAAAAAGAGAAACGUUUGAGAAAGAGAACCAUGGAGUUUUUUCGGAUAAGAAACUCUUAGAAGAAGAACCAAGAAUUGACAAUGGCGAAUGCAAGAAGCAUCAAGAGACGCCAUCAAGAUUUCAAAAGGAAAGCAAGAUUGAGAAAGACAUCAAGUCAAGAUCCGAGAAAGUUGAAUACGAAGAUCGUGAUACAGGAAACAUAUUGUUGGAGAUUCAAGACUAUGAGAUGAUACAAAUGAAGGAAGAUAUUGACGAAGUUAACAAUGAUGAUCAAGAUGUGGUUAAAGACAAGAAUAAGAAAAUCCAAGUCAAGGAAGAUUUUCAAGACAUACUUCGUAUCAAAGAUCAAGACAAAGAAAGUGGAAACAAGCCAAAGUUCAAGGAUAAAGACAAUGAAGCGCUUGAAGAAGUGAAGGCAUGGAUUAAUAAAUUAGGGGGGAGUAUUGGAUAA